AGACUAUCAGAUAAAGAAGGAAGAAAACAAGGAUUAGGAAUAUCCCUAAAACUUCAAAGCUUUCAUCUCCAUCUACAAAUACAUGCAUUUUGUCGUUCAAUAGAGAUUUAGCUUGACAACCCUAGAAGAGACCCCUCAAUCUCAGAUAUCUCUUGCCCCUAAUUUCGGUAAAAAAACUAUGUCGGCUUCAGAGCUUGCUUGCAGUUACGCCAUUCUAAUCCUCCAUGACGAAGGCAUCCCCGUCACUUCUGAGAAGAUUGUAACAUUGGCAAAAGCUGCCAAUAUCCCUGUUGAGUCUUACUGGCCUGGCUUGUUCGCCAAGCUUGCUGAGAAGAGAGACAUUGACGAUCUUAUCCUCAAUGUUGGCGUUGGUGGCGGCGCUGCAGUAGCCGCUGCUGCCCCAGCUGUCGGUGCAGCUGCUGCCCCAGCUGCUGCUGCUGCUCCUCCACCAGAGGAGAAGAAGGAAGAAGCCAAGGAAGAAAGUGAUGACGAGGGACUUUUCAAUUUGUUCGAUUAGGAGCUCCAUUCAAACAUGACAUAUACAUAGUCCAUUUUAAUUUGCUGGUUUUUUUUAUUUAAAUUUGCUGGUUUUUAGUACUUUGAGAUUAGGUACCUUAUCAAUAUUGUAGAAGGGCUUUGUUUAUUUAUUUUUGGCUUUGAUUUGUAGACUCUGGGUUUAAUGUUGAGCAUCUAAUUUUGAA